UUCCGUACGAACGACAUCUUCAUUCUUCGACCAGCAAGACCUGCCUGUACGGAUGGGCAACUGCGCGUGCAGCGCGUCUCGGUACGCGGCGUCGUGGACCGACGACGGCGAGCCGGGGAUGUGGCCGGGGCAGCAGGGGGAGAGCAGCGAGGCGAGGACGGGCGUCGAGGUGACGAUCAGGGUCAGCAAGUUGCAGCUGCAGGAGCUGAUGGCGAAGGCGGCCGGGGGUGGUAUCGGCGGCAAAGGGAUGACGAUAGAGAAGGUGCUGGUGGAGAUCGCGGACGCCGGCGAGGUGGUCGACGGCCGGCACCGCCGGCGCUGGGAGCCCGCGCUGCGCAGCAUCCCGGAAGCCGACGAGUCAUGAAGCGGAACAUGCACUUGUGUACAUAUUUGUACGUUGUGACGUUUUUACUAUAUGUUAUAUCUCUACUAUAUAAAAUAUGAAUUAGUUCGUAGUUCUUUCUAUUUUUCGCUUCCACGUUAUCU